AUGUCCGACUCCGCCAAUACAGACAUGUCCGACUCGGCAACGCCGCCAGAGACGCCGGCGUCGUCGUCAUCGGGCUGCUCCGACAGUGUGACGACGACCCGGGCCAAGCGCCGCCCGAUUCCGCGCAAAGGGCACACAAAGUCCCGCGGCGGCUGCGCCAACUGCAAGAAGCGCAAGGUCAAGUGCGACGAGGUCACGCCGGCCUGCGGCGCGUGCCGCCGCCUCGGCUACGACUGCCUGUACUUUGAGAACAAGCUGCAGGUGAGGGCCCGGCGCGAGGAGCCGCUCAAGGCCCUCGUCAUCAGCCAGACGCCGGCCAAGACGCUCAGCUGCGACCCGUCGUGGUUCUCGCUGGAUGAUAUGCGCUUCUUUCAGCACUUUAUCUUUUCCGCCUACCCGUCGCUGCCGUUGGACGGCUGGGAGAUCUGGCGCGAGGUCGCGCAGAUGGCCCAUCAGCACGACUUUUUGCUUCACGCAAUGCUCGGCCUCGGCGCAUCGCACCUCUCCAUCAUUAGCCCAAACUCUUAUACACAGGCGGCCCUAAGACAUCGCAUCACUGCCUUGGAAGGAUUCAAAAGGUUCAUCUCGACUGCUGGCCAAUCAAGAGAGCAUGCCGAUGCUGCUUUUGCGACUGCUCUCGUCUUGACGUUCCAGGCCACUCAGAUGAGAGACGGGCUCAACGACUUUUUGACAAUGAUCCGUGGCUGUAACCUCAUAGGUACUCAUGCUAUGGGGCAGUUCUCAUCAUCGCGAUUCAGAACAUUCGAGAAGGAAUUAUAUCUGCGUCGGCUGACAGAAGUGGUACCCCUCGACAGGCCGAUCCCGCACUUUGACGAGGAGGCAAUCAGAGGGUUCAUGGCGAGUCUUGAAAAUCUCGGCCCGCUGUGUCGCAUCAUCGAAGAAUUGCAAUACUUGUCCAUCAUGCGAAGCAUUGCUACCCAAGCGCUACACAGCCCUGUGAAUGCAUACUAUGAGCAUACACGCAUCUAUGACGUACUGUGCGAUAUCGACGCCGAGCAAUUUCCUGCUUUUAUCGACGACUCAAAUUACAUCGGGCGCCUUCUCAUUAUGCACAUGAUUGUGCUCGACUAUGUGAUGGGCACAACCAUCUUGCAAGAACGACGGCAUGCGGCGCCGGCCUUGGUGCCGCAAAACGUCUACGACUACAUCAAGAUGAUGCUCUUGACAUGGACUCAGCGAAUACAAGAAAAACUUCCCAUGGAAUACAAACCAUAUGGUCUGUGGCCCGUUACGUUUACUCGGCGCUGCAUCGACGAUGGAGAAAUGAGGUUGCUUGACAGCGGGGGCGACACAGUGAAGCUGGUUGGGGAAACGCUGCGGGAAUUGGUCCUGGACACUUAG